UUUUGAUUACAAGAAAGUGAUCUGGCGCCACUGUUCCUUUUUGUGAGUUUUAAGGGUUUUUUACGUACACAAGUUCACCCGGCAAGAUGGCGGACAAAAAGCCGACGAAGUCGUCCCUGAAGGACUCCGCGGCGCAGGCGUCGAAGAUGACGCGGAAGCUGAAGGGGCUCCCGGAGGAGGUAUCGACGGCAAGAAACGCGGCGGGGUCGUUGGGAACGAGCAUGCCAGGCAAACUUUUGAUUUUCAACAUUGGUAAAUUUUUGAAGACCACCUACUUGAAGUUUUGCAUAAAGAAAGUUACGUCGUCCACUUGUUGUUAGUUGUAUUAGACUCAAGAAGGGCUCCUGCAGCACAGAUGUUUGUCUGGUGUUAGACCCUAGACUUGUUGUAAAAACAAGCAUCAUUUUACUGUCACCCAACGGCCCAGACACGUUUUGAAUCCAUAGCCGGACGAAGAUGACAACAGCGACCCGCCGACGCCGCGAAAGGAGGAGCUCAAGACCAGCUCUCUUUCCGGCAAUCUGGGUACGGUAGAAAAGAGUGCUAGCGUAGCGUGAAUUUGUCGUGCAAAUGAAGCGUUCGUAAAUGAUUCUGUCAUGCUGGACGUAGAGCUCGAGUAGAAAAUGAAAAACACUACAUGUAUAACUAUGCGACAUUUUAUCAUUUCUGCAUGACAAAUUACCUGCCGUGCGAGCAAGUUUUCGUAGGACACCCCAGCAACUCAUGGAGUCGGAUGGCGAGGACAUUUCGCCCGAGGAAGAGCAUAUCACAAGGAAAAAAACCCUCGUAUCAUGGAAUGUGAAUGCAAAAACAAUAGCGCAAAACUAGUUAAUGUUUGUCACCGCCGAGCCCAAUGUAAGGACACCCUGACCCUCCGGCUCAGAAGACAGGCAAGACAAAUGUAGCUGUGUUUUGAAUAUUCGCAUUUUACAUAGAUUUUUGCUUUUUUCCGUGUGAUAACGCAGCGGCGGCAGGAGGAGGAGGCACGGCAGCAGGAGAUCCGUGACCGGGCCGAGGCCGGGAAAAUCAGCAAGCGGUUCCAGCUAUCAAAUGCAAAAAUGUCUGGGUCUGGAAGAAUGCAAGUUUGUCAUGCUUGUCUGGCAUGACUCGAGAAUCUGUGUUGCAUAGGCACGAAAAGGCCCUCUUACCUGUCAUGCAAAAGCGCAGUUUGCCAUGUGGAAUACGUAAGACAUGGCAGCCAAAAAAAUUUGUCAUGCAUAGCUGCGUAUUGCAGUGCGUCCAUCAUUCACUUUUAGCAUUACAAAAUUCCAGACCCAGACAUAUUUGCAAUCUAUACCAACAGAAACUGCGGUCGCAGGUGAAAGGCCUGAAGUCCCGGGUGAUGCGGCAGCGGCUGCGGUCGCUGAAAAUUCGGGAGGGGUUGCACCUGCAGAUACCGCGGUGCGGGAUCAAGCUGCUGCUGGUGCAGGAAAAGAUGGGCCACUUUACCGAGUACUUCGUGCUAUCAACUGCAAAUAUGUCUGGGCCUGGAAAGAUGGAGCUUGUGAUGCUGCUUUUGCAUUCCAAACAAAUCAGUAUUGCCUGAGCAGCAAGAGAAGUCUAGCUUUUGUCACGCGGACCACGACGCAUUUCUCAUGCGGGAUACACAGGCAUCGAGAUGCACUCAGAAAAUCUGUUAUGCCAGGGAAUACAUCACAGACGUCACGGGUCAUGUAAAAUCUGCGUGGCGAGUUGCAACCUUCCAGACCCAGACAUAUUUGCAAUGCAUACGUGCGUGCGGGCUACGACGUUGUGGACAUGUACAAGAAGUACACCGACGUUGAGAUCGACUUUAUCCUGAACACGGUGGAAAAGCUCAACGAGAUCACCUUCGAGCCCGAUGAUCGCGCUAUCCCGUAGAAAAAAACUGGCGGAGACGGUGACUUUGUGAUGCAUACACAUACGGUAACUAGCGAGGAAAAAGAACUUGUGACGCGCACCAUCAUGCUGGUGGGCUUGAGUACCAAUCCCCCCCUCAUGCGAAAAGACUUCUGCCCGUGGGUUGUUCAACAUUUCCAGGACCUGAAAUGUUACAAAAAUAUGCUGCUAGUGCCACCUUUUUUUCUCUUCGAUUCCGGUCACACUGUACAAGCUGUUUCGGUACCGCUACUUUCUGGCGCCCGGGAUUAGCAAGCCGCUCCGGAAACUGGACGCGAUUCCGCGGAUCGCACUGAACAAGCACUCCGCCCUAUUGAGAGGAAAAAUCCCCCCUCCCCAUAUCAAAAAGAAGUUUCUGAUGCUGGAUUUCAGUACACAAAUCAUAUUUGUAUUGCAGUAGAGGACUGCAGGCAUAUGCCACGCCUGAGCUGCGAUGUUUUGGCGUAGGUUCCUAGCAUGAAAAACGUCGAUGGUGUAGGCCCAAUAGCAUCACAAACCGCCUGCAUAAUGCGGCGGAUUCUUUGGAUUGGCCUGCAUGCAUGACAGACAGGAUUUGUGGUCACAAAUCCGCAUCACAGAUUUUUAGGAGGAGGAGCUUUCAAUAUGGGGAGGGGGGAUUUUUCCUCGCAAUACGCCCGAGCCCCCGACGACGCCGACAUCGACAUGAAAUUCCUGCUAUCAAAUGCAACUAGGUCUGGGUCUGGGAAGUUGUCAGGCUAACAUUGGCAUAUGCAAGACUGAUUGCAGUCGGCAGUCAAUCAGGACAGAGUUGCAUGAGCUGCCCUGUGUUGCAUAACAAGUCAUAUGUAAAACCGCGCUUGUUUUGUAUGACAAAGUAGAAACAGCGCUAUUCGUAUUUAGCGACAUGCAUGAUACAGAGCAUGGGACGAGUUCGGCAGUACAGAGUCAAAGGAAACAAUCUUCCAGACCGAAGCAUGUGUGCAGUUGAUACCUGGAAUCCGACAGAAAACGACAGGUGAAGCGCGUGCCCAUGUUCGACGAACAGGCAGGGAUGCGGAUGGUUCAGCUAGAGAGAUACGAUCGCGAACUCGAUCUGGUUUACGAAAUCAAGGACAUCCAGUAGGGAAGUGAAAAAUUGCAGUUCUUUCGCCCGAAAACAGGUAGCACUUUUUUUGCAUCGACCAGCAAGACAAAUUUAUUCUAAUGCAGAGUGUCGGAGUUGAUUGUGAAUGUGAUGUGACCGUAGUGCUGGAAGCGCAAGACAGAGUUUAUAGAAAAUAAGCCUCUUACUUUAUUGCUUGCCAUCGCGCUUGCGUUGAGUACCUCCACCUCUUCGGGGCAAGGAACGGCGUUUUUGUACGAUUCCAUAUUUGAGUUUGCGCCUUGGAGUUCGAGCACUACGAUCCGAAGUCCCUGUUGAAACGCGACCCGCGAGAGGAGGUCCUUCUGCGCCGCAUGCAUCGGGCGGACCGGAACGUGCUGCGGCGGCUGGACUUCGUCGCUACCCGCGACGACCGGCGGAAGAAAGUGCUGGAGAAUAUCCCAGAAAGAAAAGCUAGCAGGGCGCACUUGUACUGCAAAGAUGAAUAGGCAGAAGAGUGGUCUGUGGGCAUGAACAGGCCCAUAGUUUGUGCCUUCGGCCAUGCGAGACAGAACUUUUCAUGUAUCUAUUUUGGCAUUACACAGGAGCUUCUUGCUUUUUUUUUGUGUGAUAGAGAAUCUACGGUACGGACGGAUCAUCUACUUCUACAUGUUCCUCAUGAUUCUCUUCAUGUCCCUCAUCGCCAACAUCAACACGUUGGGCAUCGCGGGCGCGUUCACCGCCAUGAUAGAAACAACGUCUUUCGUCUCGGCGCUCGCUAUGUACCUCGGCUUUCUGUUCAUCUACCGCAUCCUAUGACGUGAAAUAGCACGGCUCUCUUACUCUUUCUCGCGCAUCUGUCCGGAGUUGCGGGUCAAAGAUUAUCCUACUCUGCAUGACAAGCUGUGGCAUCAGAGAUAACAUUGCAGGAUGAAUGUUCUAUGCAUAGAUAACGACUACUUGAUGUCAUGCAGCUAUGCUUUCUACUGCAGCUUGCAAACUCCCCUCUUGUUGACACGCCGAUGGCUCGAGGAGAAAAUCGCGCCCUCUCAUAGACCGCCUUCUACUUUAAAGAGGGUCUUGACACGUACAAGUUGCGGAAAAUGCUCUUUGUCGUGAAGCGGUUCCGGUCGCGAUUGCUCAAAUUCCGGGACAAAACCGAAAAGGAGCGGCUGGAGCGGUUUGACAACGUGCUGGCUUCCAUCGACGAGUUUUUUCUGCAGCGCGGGCGCGAGCAGGCCGAGGCCGAGCAGCGCGCGCGCGACGAGGCGCUGCUGCAGAAGACGCUGUCCGAGGUAUCAAAAUGAAAAAUCCCCCCUCCCCAUACCGAAAGGGAGAUUUGUGUAGCAUGAUUUGUGACCACAAAUCACGUUGUCAUGCUAGUCGGGAAGAGAUGCGGAUUGUAGUGCUGGCUGGCGUAGGAAAGCCUUGCGCCUUUAGCAUGACAGAAAGCAACUGGAAACGGAAAACAGCAUGACAAAUUGCCUGCGAACGAGGGAGCAGCUGCGUCUCUUGGCCUUCUAGCAAUACAAAUCGAUUUGUGUACUCAAAUACAGCAACACAAAUUUCGUUUUGGAUAUGGGGAGGGGGGAUUUUUCCUCACAAUACGAGGGAUUGACCUUCGACUCCUGGUUUGAGCAGAAGUCCAAGAUGCUCCUCCUGGGCGGUUAUCAAUUGCAAAAGUGUCUGGGUCGGGAAGAGUACAAACUUGUGAUGCGCAUUUCAGAACACAGAAAAAUCUCCCAUGCAUAGGCAGCAAAAGCUGUCUACUUUCUGUCACCAAAUUGGGGGAUUUGUGAUGCGGAUUCGGCAUUGCGGAAGCUUCUGGAAACCUGUGAUGCUAGAGCUUCCAUGCCAGACCUUCUGCGUCAUGCAAAAACAGCAUGACCCCUCCAGAUCCAGACAUUUUUGCAGUUGAUAGGGGUCUGCGCUACGUGGCCGCGUCCAACAAAGAGUCCGAAAAGGUGAUGCCCCCGCCCGCUAACUACCGCCCGGAUUUCCCGGACGGCGAUCGCGACGCGAAAAUCAUGGCCAAGGAGCAGUUCUACCAGAAUGUUACCAGGGGCCGCCUCAUGCCGAUUCAGACCAUUGGUACAACUGAAUUGUUCAUGUGAAAUAAACGUGAUAUGAUUGAAUUUUCGGCGCUAAAAUGGGUUUAGUUCUUUACUACAUGGGACUAUAUGAGAAGAUGCCUGACCCUUCGGAAGUACUUUUGCCGUGCCGUUGUACCAAGGAGUUUGAGAAGAAAGGCAGUACAACAACAUUGUCAGUUUGCAAGUGCAGCAAUACACAAGUGAAAGUGUUGAUCAUACAUAAGACUCAUUUAUUCCCACAGACAAUUACCCCGGCGGCAGUCUUCGCGCUAUCCAAGAUACCAGUCGCAGUCCAAAGCGAAGAAUACAGGACCAGGACGAAGAUUCUAACGAGCGCUCGCUACGCACUGCAAAUAAUCCUCGGCGAAGCUGUUACCACUGUAGCGACGUGUUGUACAACUAGAUUCAUUCUUGAUGCGCGACAAGAAAGAUCUUCCCAUUCGAACUGGGAAAUGAGCAAGCGAUAUUUGUUGAUGAAUAGUACGACCAUGUCGACGUUGAAGAAAAAUUCCUCUUUAUGCAAGUUGCUAUACCGCGUUGUAAAUAAGUUCCGUACUACAACUUCAACUUGGACAUUUUGCAGUGUAUAGUUGCAGCUUCUCGACCAGUCUUCCAGCUCCCUCGGGGCCAGCUCGCAGCUCUCCCGGUCCCAGUUAUCGCAGUCCGGAGCCCUGGGCCAGUCGGCCACGUCGUCGCAGGCGCGGACCGGGAGUCGCACGGCGGCGGGGUCGAGAUCCUCGAAAACGCAGGGUCCCGUGCAGAUCUCGCAGGCCCCGGAGGCGCCGUUCGGGCAGGGAAGCACGGCACACGUGGUGAACGUGAACGAUCUAUCAAAAUGAAAAAUCCCCCCUCCCCAUAUCAAAACCGAGAUCUGUGAUGGGGGAUGUGUGUACACAAAUCCAAUCUGUCUAGCACUAGAGGACUGCAGGCGGAUGCAGCGCCUGAGUAGGGGCGUUUUGCUGUAGGCACCUAGCAAGGCAGGCGUAUCCUCUGUAAGCGAUACAGCGUUACAAAGUGCCUGCGAAACGCGGCUGAUUCUCUGGCUUUGCCCUCUUGCAAUACAGGAACGAUUUGUGGUCACAAAUCAGCACCGCAAAUUUUCAGUAGUGCCCCUUUUUGGUAUGGGGAGGGGGGAUUUCUCCUUACGAUACGAUCCGCAGCGGAUGCGCGGGCUGCUCGGCGAGGCCGAAACGCUGGAGCAGGAGGUUUUGAGCAAUUUUCCGCCCCGCGCACCCUUGCUAUCAAAUGCAAAAAUGUCUGGGUCUGGAAUGUUGCCGGGUUUGUCAUGCGUAGUUUGCUUGAUCCAGGAUGUCUGUAAUGCACGACCUAGCAUCACAGAUUUUUAGAGGGCUUCCUGCUGCCUACUCCGCAUGACAAAUGCCCUCCCCGCGUAGCACAAAAUAGACUCCUCUUGCUGGUCAUGCAAUACAGAUGUUUUUAGAGUCCAGAGCUAGCAUCACAAGUUCCAACCUUCCAGACCCAGACAUUUUUGCAUUUGAUACUUGCAGGGACCCAACAAUACGGAGUUCACCCUGACCAGCAGCCAGCCGAUGAGCUCGGGCGCGGGGGGCGCGGCGUCUUCCUCCAGCGGCAACAAUGACGUGACGGGCGGUGGUCUUUCCGCGGCCUCCAAUACCAACCAGCAGAGCGCGAGUGUGAUCGACAUGACCGGGGUCGUCCCCCCGCCCACGACGAUAGGGAACGUGGAAAGUAGUGGUGGGGCGGCGGGGUCCGGGAGCGAGAGCGCCGCGAACCGACGGUCGACAUCGAACACAGGCGGGCCACCGGGGAACGACCCGGACGACGUUUGAGGGUGGAGGUGAGAGAACUACUGCCACCAGCUCCUGCAAAGACGGAAAUACAGUAAGAACCUCGUUCUUGGAGAUGUGAUGCUCCGAACCAAACCGAACAGAUUCAGUUUAGGCCAUAAUACAGCAGGUGCUGAAACAAAGCGAUAAGACUUCGAGCCUUUUUGACUACGUG